AUGGUACUCUUCAACCACUCCAGCUCCAUGACGUUCAUGCUUAUGGGAGUGCCCGGCUUAGAGUCACAACACAUAUGGCUCUCUCUUCCAUUCACUUCCAUGCUCUUGGCCAUCCUCAUUGGCAAUGGUGCUAUCCUCUUCUUGGUUAUCACACAGACCACACUUCACACACCAAUGUACCUGCUCCUGGCCCUGCUGAUGGUGGCUGACCUCAUCUCUACUCUAGCUCUGCUGCCCAAGGUCCUGUGCCUCUUCUGGUUUGAUGAUCGAGUCAUAGCUGUCUAUGCCUGUUUCACACAGAUGUUUUUCAUUCACGGAGCUUCAGUAGUACGAUCAGCUCUACUUGUUGCAAUGGCCUUUGACCGCUUUGUGGCUGUGUGUGAGCCACUACGCUACAACACAAUUCUGAGCCGUUCUCUAGUUGGACGCCUAGGACUGGUGGCACUUGCCAAGGGUGUCAUCCUUAUCCUGCCCAUGCCUCUUCUACUUCAAAGACUGACUUUCUGUCACAGGAUCAUUCCUCACACAUACUGUGACCACAUGGCUGUGGUAAAAAUGGCCUGCGGUAAUACCAGACCCAAUCGGAUUUAUGGGCUCUUUGUGGUCUUGCUCGUGGUGGGACUCGAUCUGCUUCUAAUUGGCUUGUCAUAUGUCUUCAUCCUGCAGACUGUGGUACGCCUCAACUCUCGCGAUGCCACCUUCAAAGCCCUCAACACCUGCUCAGCCCACUUCUUUGUCAUUCUCAUCACGUAUGUCCCUGGACUGUUUUCAUCCAUCACCCACCGCAUUGGUCGCACCAUUCCUCCUUAUGCUCACAUUAUCCUUGCCAAUCUCUACCUUCUCAUACCUUCUGUGUUCAACCCAAUUAUCUAUGGUAUAAAAAUGAAAGAGAUACGGGACAGGGUGGUCAAAUGCUUGUGCAGAUGA